AUGGACUCCGGCAACAGCGGCAGCCUCCAGUCCUCCAGCGGCGGCGACGAAGACUUCGACUCGCGGGGAGGCGGCGGCGGCGGCGUCGACUCCUCCCCACUCUCCGCGCUGCUCCGGCCCACGCCGUCCCCGUCCUCCGCUGGCGCCUUCUCGCUCCACGGCUCCCUCUACGGCCUGCAAGAUUUCACCGCCGCGCCGCCGCAGCAACAGCAACAACAUCAUCAUCAACAUCAGCAGCAGCAGCAGCAGCAGGCGGCAUGGUCGUCGGCGCAGUUCAUGGCCGGGGCGCCCUCCUCCUCAUCCCAGCGCGCUGCGCCGCCAUCCGACGCGGGCGCGGGCUCCAGCGCGCAUCACCAGGCGCCUGAUCCGGCCGCGCCGGCGCCGGCGCCGCCGAGGGGGUCGCGGAAGCGGGCGCGCGCGUCGCGGCGGGCGCCCACCACGGUGCUCACCACCGACACCUCCAACUUCCGCGCCAUGGUGCAGGAGUUCACCGGCAUCCCCAACCCGCCCUUCGCGGCGGGCGGAGGGGUGCCCGGCGCGCCCUUCGGCGCCCGCUUCGACCACAUCUUCUCGUCCUCCUCCAACGCUGCACUCCGCUCCGCCGCCGACCCAACCUCCUCGCUGCCGCCCUACCUGCUCCGCCCCUUCGCGCAGAAGCUGCAGACCACGCAGACACCAUCCCCCUUCGCAUCCUUCGCGUCGCAGUCCUCGUCGACGCCUCCCGGCGGCCCCAAUGCCAAUGUCAAUGCCACCAUGGGCACGGCCGCCGCCACGACAGCCAACCAGCGCGCGUCCGCCGGCGAGGACUUCCAGCUGCCGUCGUCCGCGCUUCUGCGGAUGCAGCAGGACCACCAGAGCAGCAGCAGCUACCUCUCCUUCCAGAACCUCCUCGGCUCCGCGCAGCCCACGUCGCAGCAGCAGCACAUGUUCGGCGGCAUGUCGCACGCGGCCCCGCGGAUGCACGACCAGUCGCCGUCGCAGCUGCUGUCUGGGCUCACGCACGGCCACGGCGGGAUGAUGGUCUCCGAGGGGAUGCACCACAUGCACCAGCAGCACCAGCACCAGCAAAGAAACGACGUCCACCAGCAGCACCAGGGCGGCGACGAGCUCUCGGGCCUGGUCCGGGCCGGCGCGUCCGGGAGCGGCACCUGCAAGCCCAACUACGCCUCCCACGCGGGCGCGUCGUCGUCGUCCGCCGCGGCUACCACCGACGCGCCGCCGGACGCCGCUUCAAGGCCCGGCCGAGGCGACGGGCCGCUAGACCCGUGGCUUUGUACAUCCGAGUAG